UUAGAUGCCAAGUUUUUGUCGACGAAAGAAUUUCACAUGUACGAAACUUCCGGAAUUCCUUGCGUCAUUCGAAGUAUACCAGAUGGUUACGAUGGUGGACGGUUUGCAUCCGAGUGGGCGGCGUCGCGCUACUGGUCACUAGAAAAGUUGGCGGCAGACCCUGAUUUGAGAGAUCGAUUCUUCAAAUGUGGAGAGGACGAUGACGGUAAGUCGGUCAAAGUCAAGUUGAAGCACUUUAUUAAGUACCUGCAGAGUAAUGCGGACGACUCGCCCCUCUACAUUUUCGACACAUCCUUUGAGGAAGACCGUAAGGCGAAACGGGUUCUAGCGGACUACCGUGUUCCAUCUUAUUUCAGUGACGACUUGUUCCAAUUAGUGUCGGAGGCCCGGAGACCGCCGUACCGUUGGUUUCUAGUCGGCCCCGAACGCAGCGGAAGUACCGUUCACGUCGAUCCUUUGGCCACUAGUGCUUGGAAUACUCUGAUGUUCGGGAAAAAGCGCUGGGUACUCUUUCCUCCGCAAGUGCCGAAGCAAGUAGUUAAGGGAAGGGGGCUGGUACGCAGGGAUGAGGAUGACGAAGCCAUUCACUAUUUCAUGUUCAUUUUGCCAAGGAUCAAACGCAAGGCUGCGUCUUUGAAACAUCACGAAGACUAUAAGGACUUUGCCUGCUACGAAUUUACACAGAAUGCGGGAGAAACUUGCUUCAUUCCACAUGGCUGGUGGCAUGCAGUGCUGAACCUUACGCACACAGUCGGAGUAACACAAAAUUUUUGCUCUGAACGUAACUUCGAUCAGGUUUGGCUGAAGACGCGGUCGGGACGGAAGCAUAUGGCGUGGAAGUGGUUACAGCAGCUUGACCUUAAAUAUCCACAUUUGGCCGAA